GGCAAAAAGUGCAGUUGCAGUUGCAUUCUGGAAAAUACAUCAGCAUGAAGGUCCUCAUUCUCCUCCUGAGCUUGGCUCUCGUUUGUGCCGCCGACCACCACGAGCACCAUCACCAUGGAGCCGAUGGAGCCUCCACUUAUGUUGUGAAGAGCCACGACGAUUUGGUCUCCUAUCGCACCGCCUGCGUGGAGAAGGUGCACGCUCCUGCCGAGCUGGUGGCCAAAUACAAGAAGUGGGAGUACCCCGAUGAUGCUGUGACGCACUGCUAUCUGGCCUGUGUCUUUGAGAAGUUCGGUUUUUACGACGAGGAGCACGGCUUUGAUGUGCACAAGGUGCAUGUUCAGCUCUCUGGUCCCAGCGCCCAGGUGGACCAUUCUGAUGAGACGCACCAGAAGAUUGUCCAGUGCGCCGAGACGCAUUCGAAGGAACACGAUUCCUGCGCCAAGGCCUACCACUCUGGCAUGUGUUUCAUGAAUGCCAAUCUGCAUUUGGUGCAGCACAGCGUCGAGGUCUAGGACUGACGUCUGAAGCAUCCUAGGACCAGAACAUUCCUGAUCGUUUGUUAAAAGUUCAAUAAAAUGACACAUUUUGUCAACCAG